AUGCACUCGCCUGAAUGUGUAAAUGUUGUCAGCGAUGUGAGAAAAUUGACUGAGAAAUAUCACCAUGUUUUAUUGUUUACUUCUAAUGGUGACAAAAGCAAUGUCAAGUUAAAUCGACAAUAUAAUGAUGGAAAUACUAAAUUUUUUGAUGAACCAUUUAUAAAUGAUUGCGAUCAUACUAAAUGUGGACCACAUGCACAUUGUGUAAAGAAAGUGGAUGAAAUGUCACUUGUGUUUGUAAUCUUUUAUUUGCUCCUAUGGAUCUUGAUCCAGGAGAAUAUGAAGUGUUAUUAUGAAUUAUUAGGUAAGAAUUUCAUAAUACCAUCUAAAUUGCUAGGUGUUCCACAGAACGUUGAACCUAUUGAUCUCAAGAAGGCCUACUACAAAUUAUCACUUCAAUGGCAUCCAGACAAGAAUACAAAGGAGGACACAACGCUAAUAUUUCAAGAGAUUCAGGAGGCAUACAAGGUUUUAUCCGAUCCACACGAACGGGCCUGGUAUGAUCAACAUAGAUCUCAGAUUUUACAAGGAGAUGGUCGUGGUACUCAAAUGGGUGGGACAUCCAAUUAUCAGGAGAAUCGAGUUGAUGUUUUCCAGUACUUUACACGAUCUUGUUUUGAAAAAUUCGAUGAUGGUCCGAAGGGUUUUUAUACUGUCUAUAGAAAAGUGUUUGCAGAAAUUACUAAGGAAGAAAAAGAUGCAACCGCCUUUUCAGGAUAUACUACUUCGUCCAGUGAAAGUGAUAUUGAUGACAAUUAUGAUGGUGAUGAUAACAGCAUGGGUAAUUGUAAAAGUGGUAGUGGACGUAGAUCACGCAAUUAUCCGCCUUUUGGUUCUUCAUCAAGUUCGUAUACGGAGAUUGUUGCUCCAUUCUACCUGUUUUGGGAAACAUUUGAAACGAAGAAAACGUACACCUGGGUUGAAAAGUAUGAUACAAGAUGUGCAGAUUCACGUCAAGAACGUCGUGCUAUGGAAGCCGAAAAUAGCCGGUUACGAAUGGCUGCUAUACGUAAACGGAAUGAAGAAGUGCACCAAUUAGUGGCAUAUGUAAAAAAAAGAGACAAACGCGUAAUUGCCGAGAAAGAACGUAUUCAACGUGCAGCUGAAGAGGCUCAAGCACGCACUCAAUCAUUAUCUGUUAAAGCUAGGGAACGAGAAGCAGCUCACUUAGCUGAAGCAUGGAAUGAUGAAGUUGCCUUCGGUGGGAUUGCAUCCCAAUGGUCUGAGGAGUUUGAAGCGGAAUUGGCGCGCAUGGAAGCGGAGCUGGAUGGUGUCAGUCUUCAAACACCACUAGAAAAAUCUUUCAAAAACCAACGAACUGAUGAUGCUGAAGAUGAGAAUAGGAUAGAUCCUAGAUAUGACGAUAAUGCAAACAAUCAAGAGGAAGAUGAAAUCGAUGAAUUAUAUUGUGUAGCAUGUGAUAAAUUUUUCGCUUCAAUAAAAGCUAAGUUAAAUCAUCAGUCAUCAAAAAAGCAUAGAAAACAAUUGGAGUUAUUACGGAAAGUUAUUAAUGAAGACGAUAGUGUUUUACAAGAACAUUUAAGCUCAAUAUUACAAGUUGAACAAUCUCGUCUUAAUGAAUGUGAAGAUAUGGAAGAUUCAUCUAACAUUUCAACAAGUCAACCAACGGUUAAAUUAACGAAACGAGCUAAAAAAGCUGAACGCAAAAGAAAGAAAGAAGCAGGGAUGCAAGAUUCCUCUAUAGUUGUCGUCCAAUCAAUUUCUACUGUGGAUUUAGAUACAGAAGUGAUUAACAAUGAUUAUGCUGUAAAUAAUAUCAACGACAAUGAAUCAGGUACUACUACUACCACUACUACCAAUACUGUCACCAACAUCACCCAGUUAAUAUCUGACACUUCAACAAAUCAUCAUAGUAACAAGUCUAGUGGAGAAGAUUCACCUCGUGUAAAUAUCAGUCUGUCAUUAAAUGAGACUGUAAAAAUGAAGACAAAUUCUUCGUCAAAUACUCAUAAAAUAAUCUGUGAUACAUGUUCUGUAGAGUUUAAUUCAAGAAAUUCCCUAUUCAAUCAUCUUAAAGAGUCUGGACACUCACGAUUAAAACCAAAGGUGCAAGCAUCUGUAAAUGCUGUACAACAAUGUUGUAAUGAAAGUAUAAAACAGAGUAAAGUGAAGUCAAAACAUAAACGUUAA